UCUGCCCUCGCUGUGUCUCGGCAGCUCCCUGUAGGGUCCGCGUGAUCUUCCGCAAGUGAGCCUCCGUAGUCUGGGCAGGAGCUGGCGGAAUCCGAGAAAUUUUCCUUGGACACAAAGUGUCCCUGCGGACCCGCUGGGCCUGUUAGAGACAUAGAGCAGAAUCACUGUAAUUAUUUCUAACAUCAAUUUUAAACUAUAUAUUCCUGGAUAACAGCAGUCCAAUUAUAUGAAAUUAUGGCUGGUUAUAAGCCUGUGGCUAUUCAAACGUAUCCUGUACUUGGUGAAAAAAUCACCCAAGACACACUAUACUGGAACAACUAUAAGACCCCUGUUCAGAUCAAGGAGUUUGGUGCAGUGUCAAAAGUAGACUUUUCUCCACAGCCUCCAUAUAAUUAUGCUGUCACAGCUUCCUCAAGGAUUCACAUUUAUGGCCGAUAUUCUCAAGAACCUAUAAAAACCUUUUCCCGAUUUAAAGACACAGCAUACUGUGCUACUUUUCGUCAGGAUGGUAGACUGCUUGUGGCCGGCAGUGAAGAUGGUGGAGUUCAGCUUUUUGAUAUAACUGGGAGAGCUCCCCUCAGGCAGUUCGAAGGCCAUACUAAAGCAGUUCAUACGGUUGAUUUUACAGCUGACAAAUACCAUGUGGUGUCUGGGGCUGAUGAUUAUACGGUUAGGUUGUGGGAUAUUCCAAACUCCAAAGAGAUUCUGACAUUCAGAGAGCAUUCUGAUUACGUGAGGUGUGGAUGUGCUAGCAAACUGAACCCAGACCUCUUUGUGACAGGGUCAUAUGAUCAUACCCUGAAGAUGUUUGAUGCACGAACAAACAAGAGCGUGAUCUCUGUUGAGCAUGGGCAGCCAGUGGAGAGUGUCCUGCUUUUUCCCUCUGGAGGUCUUCUGGUAUCAGCAGGAGGUCGUUAUGUUAAAAUCUGGGACAUUCUGAAAGGAGGACAGUUGCUAGUGUCUUUGAAAAAUCAUCAUAAAACUGUGACGUGUUUGUAUCUGAGCAGCUCUGGACAGAGGUUACUCUCGGGGUCACUGGAUAGGAAGGUGAAAAUAUAUAGCACGACUUCCUAUAAAGUGGUCCACAGUUUUGAUUAUGCAGCUUCAAUUUUGAGUCUUGCACUUUCACAUGAAGAUGAGACAAUAGUUGUAGGAAUGACCAAUGGAAUACUAAGUGUUAAACAUCGGAAAUCUGAAGCAAAGAAGGAUUCUCUUCCCAGGAGAAGAAGGCCUGCAUAUCGAACUUUUAUUAAAGGAAAAAAUUACAUGAAGCAACGGGAUGACAUUUUGAUCAACAGGCCAUCAAAGAAACACCUAGAAUUAUAUGACAGGGAUCUGAAAAAUUUCCGGGUCUCUAAGGCACUUGACAGAGUCCUUGAGCCCAGUUGUACAAUAAAGACACCUGAGAUUACAGUUUCCAUCAUAAAGGAGCUAAAUCGAAGAGGAGUCCUUGCAAAUGCCCUUGCAGGUCGGGAUGAAAAGGAAAUCAGUCGUGUUCUUAAUUUUUUGAUACGGAAUCUUUCUCAGCCAAGAUUUGCCCCUGUUUUGAUCAAUGCUGCUGAAAUAAUUAUUGAUAUAUAUCUUCCUGUGAUUGGUCAGUCACCUGUAGUUGACAAAAAGUUUUUAUUACUUCAAGGACUUGUAGAAAAAGAGAUUGAUUACCAAAGAGAACUGCUAGAAACCUUGGGGAUGAUGGAUAUGCUCUUUGCUACUAUGACCAAGAAAGAAAGCACUUCUGUGUUGCAGCAUGCAUCUGAUGGAUUUCUAGAGAACAAGAAGAUGGAGUCAUAGUGUCUGCUUCAAGAGACCCGUGAGCGCUCCUACCCUGAAAACAAUUUGAUUCUCUUAACUAUAAGCAAGAGAAUCUCUUUGAUACAUUAAAAAGAACCCCAAAACUGUUCACAGAAGGAGUCUUCUGGAAGAGACUGGAACUAUAAUUGGAAAAUAAGUACCUAUUUUAAGACAUGGUUUUCCAUGUAAUACUUUGAAUUAUUCCAUGGCAUCUUCUGCUGGAAGAUCUCCGUUAUUUCGGUCAUAGUAUAUUGUCCACCUUGGACAAAUUGAUACUAAUUUUAAUAUAGCAAAGUUGUGUAUGAACAUCUGGCAGGCAUUCUGACUCUGGAAUGGGCUUCAAGUGAAACCCUGCUAAAGAAACAGUGCUUUAUAUUGUACUUCUGCCCUGGGAAAACAACAAUGACAACAACAACUAAUGGCAGCAACAAAUAAAUUCUCUCUCCCCUCUCA